AUGCAGUGCUACGAACACAACCCGUGUUUCAACUCCCGCUGCGUGAACACGGUGCCUGGUUUCCAGUGCUUGGAGUGCCCCCAGGGCUACUCGGGUACGUACGAGGACGCGUACGCCUGGGACGUGCAUCAGCGCGUCUUCAUCUGGCAGAACUUCGUGCGCUCCAACUUCUCCAAUCAGACCUGCGACGACAUCGACGAGUGCGCUUUAAAUAAUGGCGGAUGUGACCCAAGAAUGUCAUGUGUGAACACAGCUGGAAGCUACCAUUGUGAUUUCUGCGAGACAGGUUACAUUGGAACCAUCAAGAGCGGCUGUUACCUCGACAACUUCUGCAUUUCUGGAGCGCAUGAUUGCCUUGCAGAGGCGGCAUGUAUUUACCUCGGCCCCGCACAGUUCAGUUGUGAGUGUAAGCAAGGCUACGCUGGCAACGGUAAUCUAUGUGAACUUGACGGUGAUAAUGACGGCCACUCGGAUCGGAGCAUCUCUUGUCACGUCUGGGGUUGCAAAAAGGACAACUGUCCGACAAUAUCCAACAGCAACCAGGAGGAUGCUGACAAAGAUAACAAGGGAGACAACUGUGACAGCGAUGACGACAACGACGGCAGAUACGACUGGCUUGAUAACUGUCAGUAUGUCCUGAACUGGAACCAAUCCGACGUUGACGGUGACGGUAUCGGUGACGCAUGUGACAACUGCCCCAGCAUCGUCAACGCCAACCAGCUGGAUUCCGACGACGACGGAAUGGGAGAUGCAUGCGAUUCGGAUGAUGACGGCGACGGUGUACUCGACGCGAGUGACAAUUGCCGCCUGGUCAAAAACAUCGGUCAAGCAGACGCUGACUCUGACACUGUCGGUGAUGCUUGUGACAACUGCGUUAACGUUACAAACAUUGGGCAGUUAGACACAGAUCUAAAUGGAUACGGCGAUAGUUGUGACACAAUCGGAGGAACGAACAAAGACGGAGACGGUGACAGUAUUUUGGACUUCAACGAUAACUGUCGAAAUUAUCCAAAUGGGGAACAGUCCGAUAUUGAUCGAGAUGGAUUAGGCGACCUGUGUGAUAACGACAUGGAUGCUGAUGGCGUAGUAAAUGGCCUCGACAACUGUCCGUACCUUAGCAACGCCAACCAGACGGACGUCGACGGCAACGGCGUAGGAGAUAUUUGUGAGGAGGAUUCCGACGGCGACACCGUUGUCGAUAAAAACGAUACAUGCCCGAACAACCCUGCGAUGAGCGUGACCAGCUUUAAGAAACACUUCAUAGUAGAUCUGGACCCGGCUGACGGACUGGAUGCUCCCAACUGGGAGGUCAAAGACAACGGAGCGGAAGUGCAGCAAAUACGCUACACCAGUAAACCGACGAUGCUUAUAAGCGAGCAGUCUUACGGUGCGAUUGUGUACGCCGGUACCUGGUUUACAACGGAAAGUGGCCUCAAUGAGUAUCUAGGUGCCGUCUUCGGUUACGUCAGUAACAGGAAGUUUUACGCGGUCUUGUGGAAAAGAAAUAACUACUACUAUAACAAUACGUUACAAACGGGAAUAAAGGGGCUUCAGUUAAAGCGAGUUAAUUCAACAUCCGGUCCCGGCUCCAUCUUGAAGCAGGCCCUGUGGCACUCGUCAGAUACAGCGGACCAGGUCAGCAUGUUAUGGCAUGAUCCGGAACUACAGGAGUGGCAACCGCAGGUUUCCUACAGAUGGUUUAUCACCCACCAUCCCUCCACUGGAUAUAUCAACAUCAAGGUAUAUCGCGGACCCACCCUGAUGGUAGACUCCGGGGCUCUGUACGACGGUUCGAUCACAGGAGGCCGUGUGGGCAUGGUCCAGUUCGGUAACUUUCCUGUCAUCUACUCGAACCUGAGGGUCGAGUGCCAGGACCAUAUUAACAUGGCGCUUCACUUUGACGGCAUCGACGAUUUUGUCACUCUGGGAUCGGUAACGGCAUUGAAAGUUGCGGAGAGUUUCACGAUCGAGGCGUGGAUGAAGCUAGACGCUGGCUACACGGCGGGACCAUAUCCGAUACUCUGCACAUCUAACGGGACGUUCUGUCUCUGGGUUGAGGGAGGAAAGGUGCACGGCCAGUACGGUGACAAGACAAUCACUUCCGGUACAUCUUUGACGGCGGACACGUGGUAUAACGUGAUAUUCCGCAGCAGCAUUGAAGAUGAAGCUCUAUCCAUAUUCAUAGACGGAGUUUUAGACGAGACUAGGUCUUCGGUACCAAUGAUUGACUGGACACUUGCCGAAAACACUCAUGAUCUGACGUUGUACAUAGGUAGAAAAAACGCUACGUACUUCAAAGGAACCAUAGACGAGUUACGUCUGUACUCGGUCGCUAUCCCCGACACUGACAUUAGCUCUCAUAUCGGGCUGGUCACGCUUUAUCGGCCCGUCUUGAAGGACUACGGCGUGCUCCACUUUCGCAUGGAGGAAUCCGUAAUUUCCGGCUCCCUGACGAACUCUGGGAGGUUUUCCGGAAUGUCCGUGAGAUCCGGCGGUGAUUUUGUUACGAGCUACCAGCAGUUCCAUCAGUUCAAGCUUACCUACCCAAAUAACUGAUGAUGAAUAUUUUUAUGAAGGCGAUGUGAGUUUGACCAAAGACGCAUUUUAAUUGACCUUCUUUUCACACAUCAUAUGAGAUACAUCUGUGACCUAAGUCUUCAUUUCACACAUAGAAACAUAUAUUGAUAUUGGUCUCACACAUAUCAGUGUUGUUUUUCUUUUUUGGUUUAAGUUUCUGGUUGCAUUCAUGUUAAGCAGAUCAUUAUCCAAGGCAAAAUGUUGUAAUAAGAGAUAGUUGUCAAUAUCAUGCAAAUGUCUUUGAAUACAUGUACAGUUUAUUUUAGUGAUUAAUGUGUAACCAUCGUUUAUCGUUUCAUUAUUUAAUGCUUACGUGUAUGUAUUUUAAAAUGUAUUCCAAGAAGAGCACAACAAAAUUACAAUAACAUUAGUAGGCAAGGUCCCUAUCAUCUCUUGACCUCAACAAAGUUAAGUAAUAUUUGUUUACUAUUUAAAAAGUAUAUUUUUCAAAAAUAGGUAAUAGCAUGUGUGAAGCAGUUUGCUUUUUUUCGUUUUACUGUUUCAUGCUAAAGCAGCUUUUAAAAAGAAAUGAUAUUAAAAUUCAUAAUGCUUACUGUUUAUUCAUGA